AUGGGUUCCAGUAUGAGCCUGGAGAAGCCAGCCGCGCUCGACCGUGUCUUCGCCAGAGCGGAGACCGCCACUGCCCACAAGCGACCCGCCACCGACGACGACGUUUCUCUCGCGACCCCCCCUACCAAGCGCCGUCGUCUCUCAGCCGAGGAAGAUACGGCCGUGAUCAAAGACAUCUUGGCCAUUGGUGGCAUAAGCACCGCCAGCAAGCGAGGUGCUCCGGAUGACAACGACGAGAUCGAAGAUCGACCUCCAAAAUGUGCAAGAACUGAGAGCCAGGAGGAGCUGUGUGAGGACUACGACACCGAGGAGAAAGAAAAGCGCUGUCGAAUCACCGAGCUGCCACAAGAGCUGCAGCUAUCGAUCAUGAAACUUCUGGAACCCGAGGAUCUCUUCCUUCUCCAGAGAACCUGCCGAACUUUCUUUCACAUGUCAUUCGACAGGGCCUUCAGCCAGUACUUUGAGGAGAAACUCUUCCAAUUUAGCUACCCAACGUGGAGAACCUCUUUUUGGAAACCAGUCCUUGACCAAGACAAGAUAGCUCCGCUCAUCCAGGCUGAUAGGUUCUGUCAGACCUGCCGACAAGCCCGCAGCACAGGAUUGGUCAACAAGAAACGAAAGCGCCUUCUUGAGAAGGUGAUAUACUGCUCCGGCUGCCGCAAGAAACACCCAGAGCUUCUCUUUUCGUCGAUACAACGAGCAGCACCAUGGUGGAAGAGAAGAUGUAUCGGUCGGGAGGGCCAUAUUCAGCUCUGUGUCCACCAGACCCUGAGCUGGGAAAAGAUUGAGGAGCUCAGAGGCUUGGGUGGCGAGAGCCACACCAUCAAAUGCAACUACUGCGAGAAUCAAAAUAUCUUUCAGCUCCGCCAUCCAGCUUUGAGAUCUUGGGUCACUUACAACAACGUAGGCACAGUACUACCUGUCACUUCUUGGCAAACGCCGGAGUACAUCCAUAUCUCGACGGAAUUUCCCGUUUUCCGCUACGAGGCGGACCGAGAAAUAGAUCUUGAAGGUCUCAAGUCUAUCUGGCGCCACCACUCCAAACAUUUCUGGCUCAAACGGAUUACCUGCCCGCACAUCGAUCUAGAAAGCGACCAGCUAUUGGCGCCUUUCGGAGCUGCAGGGUGCGCCUGUCUUGGAGCAACUCCAGGACACAGAGAGAGGCAUGAGGAUCGACCUUAUUGCUGUGCAUGCCAGGGUGAAGCCGAGCCCGGACGAGUUGGCAAGCUGAUGCCUCGCUUCAACACAUCUCACUUGUACUGCUGCAGCUGCUGCAAAGCUUCAUACUCAUGGCAUAGGGAAGGCGACUGGGUUUGUCUCACUGUGGACAGGUCCAUAAGCCUUGGAAACGGGCCAGCUUCUGAGCGCUGGCUGACACAGAUAGUACCGGAGUCCUACUCGAUAACAGAUGCCAAGUCCACCAGGCACGUCACAUGGUGCGUCGACGAGUCUUGCGCCACGAGGGAGAGAUGGACAGCCGUUGGGAGGUUGCUGCGCGAUAUGGCUAGUAAGGAGAGAGUUAUGAAACUGAUGGGUAGAUAUCAGGGGAACUGA